AAAUAAAAAAUGUCAAACAACUAACAACUUCACGCAAGAUGAAAUAUUAUUAGCAACCAAGAAGUUUCAAACAUUUCUUCAUCGAUAUUUAAAUAAUUUUACCACAUUCAGAUACGACUGCUAGCCGUAUUUUUAGGUGAUCCUGCUAUUGGAGAUUGUUAGUGAUGGCAGACCCAGGCAAAGGCCGGGGGCGAAGCUUAGCCCUUUUACAGGCACUGAAGAAGUCACAAAUGAUGGACUCUCCCUCACAAUCUGAGAGUCAGUCUCCUGAAAGUACACCAGAACAGAGUACAGCUCCAAGUACCAUUGCAAGUGCAACUCCUAGUACUUCAGGAGUGAGUAUAGGCGGUAGAGGACGCGCAGCAGCAUUGAUGCUGGCUAAAAUGCAGCAGAAACCAGGCUCCACAACUCCAGCAAUUUUUGUGCCACCUUCAUCAACUUCUGCACCAACAGCUGGAACUGGACGUGGAUUCAAAUUGCUUCAGAGCUUGCAAGCCAGUCAAAAAGCAAGCAGUCAAGUAGCAAGCAGUCAAGUAACGAGCAGUGCACAAAGCGAUAUUAAAGAUUUGACUGAAAAAAUGUCUGAAACUUCAGUUUCAGCACAGACAUCUUCAGUUGCCAAGAACAAAUAUUUCAGGGAGGUGAAAGACACUCCUCCAGUCGUAAAGAAAGGUGAAACAGGUGUGCCUAUAGAAGUGACUUGUAACUACAUUUAUCUCAAUUUCAAAGAGAACAUUGUUUUUGAGUAUGAAGUGAAGUUUGAACCAGAUCAAGACUAUAAACAUUUGCGAUUCAAAUUGCUCAACGAGCACAUUGAACACUUUAAGGAGAAAACAUUCGAUGGUACCACCCUCUACGUGCCACACGAACUGCCCGAUGCAGUCCGUAAUUUAGUAUCUACUAACCCAUAUGACCAAAGCAAAGUAAACGUUUCUAUUAUAUUUCGUCGCACACGUCGUUUGAGCGAAAUGAUUCACAUAUACAAUGUGAUGUUCAAAUGUAUAAUGAAGGAUUUGAAAUUGAUUCGCUUCGGACGCCAACAUUACAAUGAGCACGCAGCCAUACAGAUACCUCAGCAUAAAUUAGAAGUUUGGCCUGGAUACGUAACAGCAGUAGACGAAUACGAAGGCGGUCUGAUGUUAACAUUAGAUUCGACUCAUCGUGUAUUACGAACGCAAACCGUUCUCUCUCUGAUCAAAGAGGUUGUGCAAACUGAAGGAGCUAAUUGGAAACGUAAGAUGACAGAUAUACUAAUAGGAGCCUCUGUUAUGACUACUUAUAACAAGAAAUUGUUUAGAGUUGAUACAAUUGACGAUAAAAUGAGUCCGAGAUCAACAUUUGAGAAAACAGAGAAAGGCGAAACUGUACAGAUUAGUUUUAUAGAUUAUUAUAAGAAGAAUUAUGGUAUCGAGAUAAUGGACUGGGAUCAACCCUUACUCAUUUCAAGAGACACAAAACGUAUGCCCGGAUCAGACACUCCAACAGAUUUCAUGAUAUGCCUCAUUCCGGAGUUAUGUCAAUUGACUGGUUUAACAGAUGAUCAACGCAGUAACUUUAGAUUAAUGAAAGAUGUAGCUACUUACACGAGGAUCACUCCAAAUCAGCGCCAUGCCGCUUUUAAGAAGUACAUAGAAAGUGUAAUGAAAAACGAAACUGCCAAGAGUCGUCUAGCGGGUUGGGGUCUCAGUAUAGCACCGGAAACUGUGAACCUAACAGCUCGUACCCUGCCACCAGAGACACUGUAUUUUGGAGACAAUGUUAGAGUUCCCGGUAAACCGAAUGCAGAGUGGAACUCUGAGGUGACUAAACACAGUGUGAUGCAAGCUGUGGAUAUCAUGAGAUGGGUUCUGUUGUUCACUCAGAGGGAUAAGCAGGUUGCUAUGGACUUUCUUAGUACACUCAAACGAAAUUGUCGACCAAUGGGUAUUAUGGUUUCUGACGCUGAAUUGGUACCCCUCGCCAAUGAUAGAACAGAUACGUACGUACUGGCAUUGAAGAAGUGCAUAACGUCGUCUGUACAAUUAGUCGUUGCAAUAUGUUCUACGAAGAGAGACGACAGAUACGCGGCCAUUAAGAAAGUUUGUUGUGCUGACAACCCCGUGCCUUCACAGGUUAUAAAUGCACGUACGUUAAUGAACACGAACAAGAUCAGAUCGAUCACUCAGAAGAUUUUGCUUCAGUUGAAUUGCAAACUGGGCGGCACGCUUUGGAGCAUCAGCAUACCGUUUAAGAGCGCAAUGAUUGUUGGCAUCGAUUCGUAUCACGACCCAUCCAGGAGGAACCGGAGCGUUUGCAGUUUUGUAGCAUCCUAUAAUCAAAGCAUGACGCUUUGGUAUUCGAAAGUGAUCUUCCAAGAGAAGGGUCAAGAAAUAGUUGAUGGCUUGAAAUGUUGUCUCGUUGAUGCGUUAACUCAUUAUUUGAGAUCAAACGGACAGCUUCCGGACAGGAUCAUCAUAUACAGAGACGGUGUAGGCGACGGGCAGCUGAAGUUAUUGCAGCAAUACGAGAUACCUCAAAUGAAGAUUUGCUUCACGAUAUUGGGAUCGAAUUACCAGCCUACCCUGACCUAUGUUGUCGUACAAAAACGUAUCAACACUAGGAUCUUCCUGAAGUCGAGAGACGGCUACGACAAUCCGAACCCCGGGACCGUGGUCGAUCACUGUAUAACGAGACGGGACUGGUACGAUUUCCUGAUCGUCUCGCAGAAAGUGACCCAGGGCACUGUCACCCCGACCCAUUACGUGGUGGUCUACGACGACAGCGGGAUCACCCCGGACCAGUGUCAGCGUUUGACGUACAAGAUGUGUCACUUGUACUACAACUGGCCGGGGACCGUGCGCGUUCCGGCGCCCUGUCAGUAUGCGCACAAACUCUCGUAUCUAGUGGGACAGUGCGUGCACGCGCAGCCGUCUGACGUUUUAGUCGAUAAGCUGUUCUUUUUGUAGUUUUUUUUUUCUCAUCUAAGUUAGUUUAGCACGGGGAUUCCCAAAAUAAUAGACAAGAUAGAUACCUCUGAAAAUGAUAUUUCUUUAAAAAUCCUAACUGUCGUAUCUAGUGGGACAGUGCGUGCACGCGCAGCCGUCUUGACGUUUUAGUCGAUAAGCUGUUCUUUUUGUAGUUUUUUUUUCUCAACUAAGUUAGUUUAGCACGGGGAUUCCCAAAUAAUAGACAAGAUACUUACCUCUGAAAAUUAUAUUUCUUUAAAAAUCCUGACUAUCGUAUCUAGUGGGACAGUGCGUGCACGCGCGGCCGUCUUGACGUUUUAGUCGAUAAGCUGUUCUUUUUGUAGUUUUUUUUUUCUCAACUAAGUUAGUUUAACACGGGGAUUCCCAAAUAAUAGACAAGAUACUUACCUCUGAAAAUUAUAUUUCUUUAAAAAUCCUGACUGUCGUAUCUAGUGGGACAGUGCGUGCACGCGCAGCCGUCUUGACGUUUUAGUCGAUAAGCUGUUCUUUUUGUAGUUUUUUUUUCUCAACUAAGUUAGUUUAGCACGGGGAUUCCCAAAUAAUAGACAAGAUACUUACCUCUGAAAAUUAUAUUUCUUUAAAAAUCCUGACUAUCGUAUCUAGUGGGACAGUGCGUGCACGCGCGGCCGUCUUGACGUUUUAGUCGAUAAGCUGUUCUUUUUGUAGUUUUUUUUUUCUCAACUAAGUUAGUUUAACACGGGGAUUCCCAAAUAAUAGACAAGAUACUUACCUCUGAAAAUUAUAUUUCUUUAAAAAUCCUGACUAUCGUAUCUAGUGGGACAGUGCGUGCACGCGCGGCCGUCUUGACGUUUUAGUCGAUAAGCUGUUCUUUUUGUAGUUUUUUUUUUCUCAACUAAGUUAGUUUAACACGGGGAUUCCCAAAUAAUAGACAAGAUACUUACCUCUGAAAAUUAUAUUUCUUUAAAAAUCCUAACUGUCGUAUCUAGUGGACAGUACGUGCACGCGCAGCCGUCUGACGUUUUACUCGAUAAGCUGUUCUGUUUGUAGUUUUUUCUUUUUUUUUUUCAACAAAUUUAGUUUAGCACGGGGAUUCCCAAAUAAUAGACAAGUUACAUACCUCUGAAAAUGAUAUUUCUUUAAAAAUCCUAACUUUAGUUUUUUUCAUAUUGAUACAAAAUAGUUUAUAAUUAAAAAAAAAUAGGUUACGUCAUCGUCGACAUGGACCCGUUUAAGAAUCCCUGUUGUAGUACAACGAAACUGGGUAGGUACUUUAUGUUCGUGUAGCGACAUCUCUUAUCAGUAUUCUGAAACUAGGAGUCUAGUAGAGUAUUAACAAAGUCAAGUUAUUUCAAGGUUACAAGACAUUCCGGGUAUUUAGCACUAUUGGACAAACGUAUUGAAAAAUAGCAAAAAGUAGUUUCAUAUUAAAUGCCUGUACCGUAAAGUGUUGUAAAAUUAAUCAAAUGUCCGAUAAAAUAUUAAGCUAUUAUCUAUUUUUAUUCUGAAAUAGGGUAUUCUAGUCUAGUUUCUCCUCACAGAGUUAACAAUAUUCGUUGUUAGAUGCGAAUUGUUGCGUCUCCCUCUCGCAAAGCCAAUUGUUUGUCUUCCAUUACGCCGCUAAUUUCCUCUUUAUCACAUUAUUUAUUUGCACAUUGUUAUUAUUAAUUACAAAACACACACUUUCCAUUAUACUAAUUAAAAUUAAUUCCUCAUGUCGUCGAAUAUAAACGAAAACAUUAAUCAUUUAUGGUUAUAAUUUUUCGGGACCAAUCAUAUCCUAUGAUAUCGUUUGCAAUUUCGUGAUUACUUUAGUAUUGAUAUUAUGAAUCACGUAAAUAUAUAAACUAGGAAUUUUAUUUUGUUAGGUGAAAUGACGGGAGAUCUUCACGGUCGAUCUUCGACUUUUGUUCUUUACCUAAUCGUUGUUAGCCUAAGGGGCUAUUCCAACUUCAAGUGGACUAAUAGGUGAGCUCAUGGGCGCAAUCUGCGAGAAUUGCUAUCACUAGCCCUAGCGAGAGCAAUGCUUCGCUGAAUAACACCGGAUCGGAAUUAUGGCUCAUUGAGAAGAUCCGGUGAGAAUUUCAGUGGGUUGUGUCAAUGGUCUAGUUCGUAUGUCGAAUUCUAAUCGACCAGUUCGACGAGGACGAUGACCGGUGCUUGAGAAGCUUAAAAGCACCGAUAGUGGAUCCGGUGUAUCCGACCAGACAUAUUUUGGAUGACGGCAGCUUUGCUUUGUCCCGUCGCUUGGGUCGGAUAAGUAAUUAGCGAUAGCCACGAUAAGAGGGUAUUGAGUCGCGUCGCUUUUUAAAAGUAGCGUUCUGAUGCUUCCAUAAGAUUUGUACUUUCGUAUCGGUUUUAGAUUUAGGUCGUCGUGAAGAUCUACAUUCCUCAUAUACCACGUUGUUCUGACGGCUAUCCGGCAGAAACGGGAUUGGAUGACCUGGAGAGAGUUAAUGUAUGUAUGUAAUGUAAUGUACGGGCGCGUGAGCGAACGCUACACUUGCAUAGGUCAUGACGGAACGUUUGCAAGUUUUGUAGAGUGUCACCUUGUUAUGAAGGGAUAAUUUACUUCGCUUGUAAAUCAUGGGACAGUCGACCGAGUAGGAACUUGGCUCGGUCGCGUACUGUCCUAAUAAGGUCGACCUCCGACGCUUUGGAUCGACCAAAGAAAAUGAAAUCCCUAACAGGUAUACUUGAGGCAUUUAUUGAAACGAGAAAGAACAGAGAUAUGGAAAGAAUUGCGUGAGUCAAUUAAAAAAAAAAACAUGUGCGUCUCGGGAUGCACCGACAGAAGUGUGAAGUGAUAACUUAAAUUACUAUUUAAUAUUGGAAUUGUUUAACUUGAGAAAAGCUUAGAUUUUUACUUACAUUAUCAUUUGAUAUGUGCAAAAUAUAGGUAAGGAAAGUAACAUAAAUUGAAAGAUAUAUAUCAAUAAUUAGGAGUUACAUACGUUCUCAGCACCGCUGCCGUAAUGCAUGAGAGAAAGGGAAGCUAGAUAGACUGGCGCCGUAACGCGUUACGUAACGAUGCGCUUUACUUCCCAUAACAAGUUAUCACUGCAGAAAAUUUCACGGAUACGACCUUUAACGAUGAACUAAUCGAUCGAAUUGUAUGUUUGAAGAUAAUUAUAUAUCUUUUAAACUUAAGUAGUUUCCAUUUGGAAUAUGUUCUAUACGCCUGCUUUCCCCGCGCCCCUUGAUUUUUGGAUCGAGAGUCGUGAAUUCGACUCGCACUGCAGGCAAACAUACGUGUUUCAAACAGUGCAUGUUUCUUUGUCUGGGCAUUUAACAUCUAUUUAUGUAUCUACAUAAUUUGCGGCAUUGUAAACAAAGUAAUAAAAAAAGUAAAAAAAUACUUAUUAGUGUGCGGAGGAAAUCGCCGGAUUUAUUCUUCCCGUUAGAAGACUUUCUUUUUCAUAAUACAUAUCCAUCUUCGGCGUCGUGCACUGUCUCCAUCUCUGGGCUCUUAAGAUCAUAUCACUCCUUAAAUAAUUGUACGAGAUGAUCCCACAUAUUAUUUUUACCGGAAGACGUUUUAAGGGAAACGAAAUUCAUCCCUACUGUAUUAAUCCAUAAUAUGCUCCCCGAAAUGACUUUGAACGCGUACUACUCAUUUCCAUUACAUUUGAAUUACAAAUUAUGGUGUUUCUUCAUUAUGGAUUAAUUAUGGAUUGCGUGAAAGAAGAAAUGGUAUAUGAUAGAAGAGUAUGGAAGGAAAAAACAUGUUGCGCCGACCCCAGGUGACUGGGAGAAGGGCAGGAGAAUGAUGAAUGAUGAUGUGUUUCUUCAGCCCCACGUAAUCCUGCUUCAAAUUGUAAUUAGAAAUAUUGGUUUAGUUGUAGGUUAGUUUUGCUAUGUGACAUCACUGGUUUCCUUGGCCAUUUGUAACCGUAGUCUUUCAGGUAUGCGCUCUCUCGUAUUGGAAAGGUACAAAAUAGGUCUAGGAUUAGGCUGCGGGUCCCUUGAAUCGUUGAAGCGGGCCGCAGAUUCACGACCUCUGCGCAUGCGCGUAUGUCCCACUUCUUAAACUGCAAUUAAUAACAUACAGCGUUACAUAAGGAAUCUCUUUCAAAAAUCUUAAUACAUAGUUUAUAGUUCGUUUUUUGCACUGAUUCAGUAUUUUUUUUGAAGUGAAACUUCCUUAUCGGCGUUGGAAAAAAAUUUACCGUCACAUUUUUCGGUUACGCGUCACAUUUUUCCGUUACGCGCCAUCUUUUUUGUAUUCAUGUCUAUGAUAAUAAAAUCCUUUUGUUUAAACUUUAUCUAAUUUAACUUUUUUGUAUUCAUGUCUAUGAUAAUAAAAUCCUUUUGUUUAAACUUUAUCUAAUUUAACUUUAUUUAACCAAUUUCUAGAAAGUUGCAUGUAGAUCAUUUUUCGAAAAAUAAGGCCAUAAAGAAGUUUCACUUCUUACGUGUGUACACUAGUACACGCACACAUUUUUUAUUCCUUCCUUGUUAUCUUUAUGUAUAAAAGUUAAACAUGCUGUUAUUGUACCUGAUUGUAGUCGACGACUGAAGUAGUUGUGAAGAAAAUUCAGUAAACGCGGCUUUUAACCGACUUAAAAAAAACGCGUGAAGUUUUUCAAUUCGACUUAUCUAUUUUUUGCGUGCUACCUCAGAACUUUUUUCUAUGUGAACCGAUUUUGAUGAUUCUUUUUUUGAAAGGUUUGGUGCUUAUCAUAGGUUCCUAUUUAAGUUUUAUUAAGAUCUGAGCGGUAGUUUUUGAGUUAUCCUUAACGAUGCCUAUUUAAUUGACUUCGACUGCUACAUUGAUGAUAUUGUAAUUUUAUUUCGUUGAAGUCGGUAUUCUUUAUUUGUUUUAAAUUUCGGAGAAUUUAUUGUGUUGAAGUACUUAUCGCCUCAAAUUCCUCGGCCGAGUUUCGUGGGUUCGAUUCCCCUAUCGGGCCAACAUUCGUGUGAUGAACGGUUUUGUUUGCUCUUUGUCUGGGUGUUUAAUAUCUAUAUGUCUGUAUAUAUUUAAAGGUAUAUAAGGAUGUAUGACAAUCUCUGGUUCCCAUAGCACAGGGAAUCCUAGCUAGCUAGUUAGAUGACCGCGUGUGAUGUGUUCCCUGCUAUUAUUAUCAUUAAAUAAUGGCGUGACGGUAUUUGAUUGAUUUUGGAGGCUGAAAAGUCGAUGUCAAUUCAAAAAUGGAAAGGUUUAUUCGAGUGAUAUGAACAUAAAAUAAUUUUCUCAAUUAUGUACCUAUGUAGUAUAUAUCCUUCGGUUUUCACGGGUCGUAGAUCUAAUAGAAAUUAUUUUCUUACAGCUUAAUUUUUUUUUUUUUUUUUUUUUUUUUUUAUUGCCUUUGUAGGCAGACGGGCAUACGGCCCACCUGAUGGUGAGUGGUUACCGUCGCCCAUGGACUUCAGCAAUGCCAGGGGCAGAGCCAAGCCGCUGCCUACCGCUUAAUACUCUCCACAAGCCUCGUUUGAAGAAGGACAUGUCAUAGCGCUCGGGAAACACCGUGGAGGGGAGCUCAUUCCAUAGCCGGAUGGUACGUGGCAAAAAAGAUCUCUGGAAACGCACUGUGGAUGACCGCAGUGGCUCCAGGUAGUAUGGAUGAACUCUACUCCGGUGGCGGGCGGUGCGAUGGUAAAAACGAGAUGCUGGUAUCAUCUCGAACAAUUCCUCAGAGCACUCCCCAUGGAACAUACGGUACAAAAUACAGAGGGAACCGAAGUCCCUCCGCAGACCCAGAGGCUCCAUAAUAUCAUGUUUGUUUUCAUUAUCAUAAUGUUCUUUUCGACGGUUCGAGUACUUUACAUUUUUCAUGGACAUUUUUCAUAAUAAUAGGAGAUGUAUGGAAAUGGUAGUGCAAGGUAGAGGGGGAAGAGGUCGACCGAAGAAGACAUGGAUGGAGUGUGUGAAUGACGAUAUGAGAGAGAGAGGAGUGAGUGUUGAGAUGACGGCUGAUAGAAGAGAAUAAUUAGCUGUGCCGACCCCACCUAGUAGGAUAAGAUGGAGAAAAAGAAGAUUUUUCAUAAAAAUAUGAUUAAUAAAAAAAAAAAAACGAUUAUUCGUUAGGUGUCCGAUGUGUAGUUUUGAGCAGCAAUAACUCGCACUGUCUGCGGUUCUUUAAGAUUGUGUAAAUAUUUCGAAAUCGAACACCGCUUGUACGUCCGUAUCACGUCAUUACGGAUCCUCCCGAUCCGUUAACGGUGCUUUUAGGUACCUCAAGCACCGGUCGCCGUCCUUGCCGAACCCGUCGCUUGCGACAAAGGGCUCGACGAGUAAAUUAACCCACAGACACAACCCACAGUUUCUCGCCGGAUCUUCUCACUGGGUCGCGUUUCCGAUCCGGUGGCAGAUUUUGCGAAGCACUGCUCUUGCUAGGGCCAGUGUUAGCAACAGUCCCGGUUUGAGCGCCGUGAGCUCACCUACACGUCAAGGCAAAGCUGAAAUAGCCUCUCAACGCUAUCAGCAUAAAAAGAAAAAAAAACGUCCGUAUAUAACGGUCGUUAGUUGAACUAAUAAUUAAUUGCAUGAUAUUCUCUACAUCGGCCGUUUAGAAGUAGUAGUAGUAGUAGUAGUAGCAGCAGUAGUAUAGUGCGUUUUAAAGUGACCCUAAACGCCACCGAUGCUUAAUUUUCGUGAAAACUUGAAAAAUAUUUUUAUAAUACUAAGUUGUACAAUUAGUAGCAGGGUAAACGUUAGCACUGUGAUAAACUUAAAAUUAAGUUAUCGUUGUGGUGUUUGUAGUGCUAUUAAAAUGUUUAUUACCGGUUAUUAUUAAUAUUUGCCCACCACUAAAUCGCGUGUGGCUAGGAUCCACAGUGGCCACAGGAAAAGAUCUAACGAUGGGACAUGAGAUAUUGGUUUCUACAACUUACUUAAUCAGAGGACAGUACGAGGCGUAGAAAUUUUGAUUUCAGAUAUCUCUCGUCUCGAAGUGUUAGACAAAUUUUGUUACUGUUGGUAGAUAUGACUAACAUACCUGCCAUUUAAUAUGUCUGUCUUUUAUUGUGGCUUCCAAACACUCUUCAUUCUUAGAGUCAUAGUAGAUUUCACAUUAAAAUGGCCUAUCAAUUGUAUCUGUGGGAACCUAUAUAAUUUUACUAUGGUAGCUUUUACUGAGUCAGAAAUAAAUGUUGGGACUGACUAGUGCGGGCUUACAAUGCGUCCACUAACAGUAUAUAUGAGCAUUUGAUACGAAUAGUAGUGGAAUUCGUUGAUUGGUAGACGUCAGAUACAUAAUUAUGAAGAGAUGCGUUUGUUUAUAAUAAAAAUGGCGGCAUUGAUAGCGCAAACGUAAAAAUGUUGCGAAAUAAUGGUGAGAUUAUACAAAAAACAAAAUGCUCAUCAUCUCAGUCAUUAACUACUUUGUAAAAUAUUAAAUUUAGUUUUAAUUUAAGUGAACAAGAAAUUUUCUGUUUGCCUAAACGCAUUCAUCGAAGUUUCACUAAAUUUGCCCUCGCUCUGAAGUCAGUGUUCAAUAAACUAGUUCUAAGUGUUGAGGCUUAAUCGUUAAGUUAUUGUUAAGCAUUUAUUGAUUUUGUUACGAAAACGCUCGAUUCGAUUGAUAAACUCGAUUGCAAUCAAUCAUUCGAUUGUAUGUAUGAUGAUCCGUGUGAAAUAAGGAUGCGAUUUAAACUAUGAUUGAAAUCGAUUAUCGUUAUCUAAAUGAGUGUUAUUCUGGUUAACACGAAACGAUAAUCAAAAAAGUUUGAUUGUGAAAUCAAUACGCGUUUUUUUUGUUAGAUUGAUUGCAUAUUUGCGUAAAAAUUGCUUUCUUUUUUUUUGUGUACCUUUUAAUUUGAACGAAAUAAAAACUUUCUGUUUUGUAACAUCGAUACGGUUCUUCUUUGUGUGAUAUUAUAUUAAGAUUGUGUUCGAUGACUAAAAUAAGGAAUCGAAUCAUACAUCCCAUCGAUUACCGAACUAUGUUUUACUGCCAAGUUAAAUAUUAAUUACUUUAUAUGAGACGUUAAGAAUGUUGACUAAUAAAUUUUAAUUUUCAUACAAAA